AGGCGCUCGCUGUUGCUAUUUGUUGUUGUCCUCGCUCUACCGAUCCUCCCUCUCUGACCUGGUGGACGACUCCCUUCUCUCUACCCAUCUCCCAUUUUCCUUGAGACGGCUCCGUCUCCCAAUCUUCUCUCACCAUGGCAAUCAUGACGGGGAAGAGAGCGUACAACUGGUACAUCUCUCUCGUCGCAGCAUCUUGCAUGGUGCUUUACGGCUACGAUGCCUCGGUUUACAACGCCGUCCUCGGCUCCGACAAUUGGAUGGCCUGGUUCAAUGAGCCGGGCACGCAAACCCAAGGUGCUAUCAACACGGCCUACACCGUCGGUGCCGUCGUCGCUGGUUUCUUCUUCGGUGGCCCGCUAGCCGACUUCUUCGGCCGCCGUAUCGGCAUGGCAGCUGGCUGUGCCUUUGUCAUCGUCGCGACUUUCAUCCAGGCUUUCGCGCCCAGGGGCAACAUUGGCGCCUUCAUCGGCGGCCGCGUGCUCAUUGGUAUCGGCCAAGGUCUCGCACUGACGGCCGGCCCCAUCUACAUCGGCGAGCUCUGCCCCUCGGAGAUCCGGGGUAAAAUCAUGUCGUUCUGGCAAAUGUUCUACUCGGUCGGCUCCUUCCUCGCGUACUGGGUCAACUACGGAUGCCAGGAGCACAAGGAGAAGCUCGGGCACUGGGACUGGCGCAUGGUGGUGCUCUUCCAGGUGCUGAUGCCGAUUCUGAUCCUCGUGCAGCUGUGGUUCAUCCCCGAGACGCCGCGGUGGUACAUCCAGAAGGGCAAGCCGACGGAAAAGGCGCGGGCAUCGCUGCUACGGGUGCGCGACACGGAGCAGGAGGUCGAGGACGAGAUACUGGUGAUCCGCGAGGCGCUCGAGUUCGAAAAGGAGUCGAUCUCGUCGGGGUACGCGGCGCUGUGGAAGGACCCGUCGAUCCGCAAGCGGCUGCUGCUGGCGUUCGUCAUCAACGCCGGGCAGCAGAUCACGGGCCAGGGCACGCUCAACACGUACUCGACGCUCGUGUACAAGAAGGUGUUUGGCAAGGACUCGCCGCAGAUUGCCCUCAUCAACGCCCUCAACGCCACCUUUGGCAUCCUCUUCACCAUGAACGCCACCUGGACCGUCGACCGCUUCGGCCGCAAGUUCCUGCUCAUCGUCGGCGCCAUCGGCAUGGCGCUGUGCAUGGUCAUUGUCGCGACCGUCGAGACGCAGACGCCCACGUACGCGGACGACACCAAGUCGCACGGCGUGGGCAUCUCCAUUGUCUUCCUCAUGUUCCUAUUCGCCUUUUUCUACAAACCCUCCUGGGGCGCCACAGUCUGGAUCUGGACAUCCGAAGUCUUCAGCAUGAACGUGCGCGCACAAGCCGUAGGCAUGGCCUCGCAGACGCAAAACGUCGCCAACGCCAUCGUGCAGCAGUUCUUCCCGACAUUCCUCGACAACUGCGGCUUCUACGCCUUCUACAUGUUCGCGGGCAUCAACGCGCUGCUAGGCGUCUUUGUGUGGUUCUGCAUCCCCGAGACCAAGAAGGUCUCGCUCGAGGAGAUUGACGUCCUGUUCGGCGGGUCUAACCACGUCGAGAAGGGCGCGAACCUUGUUGAUCCUGACCACGCCCAGCAUGUCCAUGUUGAUGCUGAGGGCAAGGGCGUUGCCGAGGGCGUCGAGCGUGUCGUGCCUGAUGGUGGGGAGGUGAGGAGAGACCAGCCGUCGGGCAGGUUUGCUUAGGCUUGCUUGGGCUUGUUGCUGUGCGAAGGGUGUUGCUUGCUUGAGAGAGAGAACGGGUUAUGCGCCAUGUGCUUACGGAGUCAUGAUACCAACUAAACUUGUUUAUAUGCCUUUGCAGGCAGAAAAUAAUAGAGCCGGGAUAUAUGGCUUUUUCGCACG